AUGAAGAAUAUACACCUGAGGCUAUUGCCGGACAAAUUAGCAUGGAAGUGGAAAAACUUUUGGUACAUAGUGAUACCAAGGAAAAGCCAUUUUCUGCUGAAGGUGACCAGUUUUACAGGGUAGAAAGUACAAAAGAUCGGAAAUUUGAUGAGUUGGAUAUUGAAGAUUCCAAGUACACUGAGGUGGUGUUUAUUGUUGGAAGAAUUACUAUAUCACCUGGCCCUCAGCAUCCUCCUCUACCUCCUGUGAAGCCUACACAAAUGCGAAGAAAACCUCUGCCUCCAAACACCGUGACUGGUAAACCAGGGAGUCCAGUGAAUGACUUGUUGCCACAAGUUGCUCCUUCUGUCACUAUAGCUAAACCUGCUGGACCAACACCACCUGUGAGGACAGGAACAUCACAUAAGACACCAACAGCUUUUGCAACUCCAGAGUAUUAUGUUGAUGCAACUGUCUUCAGUUCAAGUCCUACAUCAGAAACAGAUUCUUCAGGCAAACCGAGGUACCAAGCCCCCCAUGUCAAGUACAUGAAGAAAGAUGAUGAUGUGCCUUGCUCUAUCACAAGCUCUCUUGAACAUUUUCCUCAAGAAGAAGCUGGCAGCAAGGAAGAACCUACUCGUCCUCCACAAAAUCCUCCAACCAACCUCACAGUGGUGACUGUUGAAGGCUGUCCAACUUUUGUCAUAUUGGACUGGGAAAAACCAGACAAUGACACUGUUACUGAGUAUGAGGUUGUGUCAACUGAAAAUGGAGCAAGUGAUGGUGAAAAGGAGAAAUCGAUUAUCACUACAAAUCAAACCCAUUCUACUGUGGAAAACCUAAAACCUGACACAAGUUAUGAAUUCCACGUGAAACCUAGAAACCCUCUUGGUGAAGGUCCAAGCAGCAACACUGUGACAUUCAAUACUGAAUCGGCGGACCCAAGAGUGAGUGAGCCAAUUUCAAUGGGAAAGGAUGCUAUCUGGACUGAAAUCCCAUUCAGUUCAGACACCUAUUCAGAAUGCAAAGGGAGACAAUAUGUAAAGCGGACUUGGUAUAAGAAGUUUGUAGGUGUGCAGCUGUGUAAUUCUUUGAGAUACAAGAUAUACCUCAGUGAUUCACUUACAGGAAAAUUUUAUAACAUAGGAGACCAGAGGGGCCAUGGAGAAGAUCACUGCCAAUUUGUAGACUCUUUCUUAGAUGGAAGGACAGGACAGCAAGAAGAUCUACCAGUCAAAGACGGAUUUUUCAGGGCAGUUCGUCAAGAACCCGUCAAAUUUGGAAAAAUAGGUGGGGAGACUCACAUUAACUACGUUCGCUGGUACGAGUGUGGCACAUCAAUUCCUGGAAAGUGGUAG